AUGUCAACGCAGCCACCAUACAGCAGGGACUGUCAAGGCGGUUCAUACCCAAUCAGUGCGCACGUAACUGUAGACAGAACUGUCCUGGAGGCACUGAGAGAGAUGGACCUGAAGAUAAAUUACCUGACAUCUCUUGUAGAAUCUCUUGUGGGUGGUCAUCAAAUUUUGCCCCCACAACAGCAAGACGAUGAAGACUUGAAUGUCAUCCCUCUGGAUUCAGUAGAAGCCCUAGAACAUUUAGAAGAAAGGCUUCUGAGCAACGGACUGAAGCAAAGGAUGAUUAACAUGCUGUCACUAAGUGGUGGACAUACCAUGAAAAAGACAAUCUGGAGAAUUGCCAGCAAGGUGUUCACCCCCAACCUUGCGAAAAGCCUUAACUGGUGCGGCAGGGGAGACAAGCGAGGUCUAAAACAAACCGCAUGUGGACAAGUUAUUAUUGCUGCCGCGAUGAAAAAUCCAGUGCUGCCAGCGCCAACUGAGGCGGAAGCGGAGAUCUGCUUAAAAGAUUACUUGCGGCUGUGUGGGAAGAGCUUCAGUACCCGGGGUGCUUUCAAAAUACACCAGCGCAUUCACACUGGAGAGAAACCGUAUCAGUGCUCACAGUGUGGGAAGAGCUUCAGUACCCAGGGUGCUCUCAAAAUACACCAGCGCAUUCACACUGGAGAGAAACCAUAUCAGUGCUCACAAUGUGGGAAGAGCUUCAGUACCCAGGGUGCUCUCAAAACCCACCAGCGCAUUCACAGUGGAGAGAAACUUUAUCAGUGCUCACAGUGUGGGAAGAGCUUCAAAUACCCGAGUGCUCCCAAAAUACACCAGUGCAUUCACACGGGAGAGAAACCGUAUCAGUGCUCACAGUGUGGGAAGAGUUUUAAUACACAGGGUAAUCUCAAAAUACACCAGCGCAUUCACACUGGAGAGAAACAGUAUCAGUGCUCACAGUGUGGAAAGAGUUUUAAUACAAAGAGUGAGCUUAAAAUACACCAGCGCAUUCACACAGGAGAGAAACCGUAUCAGUGCUCACAGUGUGAAAAAAGUUUUAAUCAACAGAGUAAUCUCAAAAUCCACCAGCGCAUUCACACUGGAGAGAAACCAUAUCAGUGCUCACAGUGUGGAAAGAGUUUUAAUGGACAGUGUCAUCUCAAAAUACACCAGCGCAUUCACACUGGAAAGAAACCAUAUCAGUGCUCACAGUGUGGAAAAAGUUUUAAUCAACAGAGUAAUCUCAAAAUACACCAGCACAUUCACACUGGAGAGAAACCGUAUCAGUGCUCACAGUGUGGAAAGAGUUUUAUUACACAGAGUAAACUCAAAACACACCAGCACAUUCACACUGGAGAGAAACCAUAUCAGUGCUUACAGUGUGGAAAGAGUUUUUAUACACAGAGUAAUCUCAAAAAACACCAGCGCAUUCACACUGGAGAGAAACCAUAUCAGUGCUUACAGUGUGGAAAGAGUUUUUAUACACAGAGUAAUCUCAAAAUACACCAGCGCAUUCACACUGGAGAGAAACCAUAUCAGUGCUUACAGUGUGAGAAGAGUUUUAAUCAACAGGGUCAUCUCAAAAUCCACCAGCGCAUUCACACUGGAGAGAAACCGUAUCAGUGCUCACAGUGUGGAAAGAGUUUUAAUGGACAGGGUCAUCUCAAAAUACACCAGCGCAUUCACACUGGAAAGAAACCAUAUCAGUGCUCACAGUGUGGAAAAAGUUUUAAUCAACAGAGUAAUCUCAAAAUACACCAGCACAUUCACACUGGAGAGAAACCGUAUCAGUGCUCACAGUGUGGAAAGAGUUUUAUUACACAGAGUAAACUCAAAACACACCAGCACAUUCACACUGGAGAGAAACCAUAUCAGUGCUUACAGUGUGGAAAGAGUUUUUAUACACAGAGUAAUCUCAAAAAACACCAGCGCAUUCACACUGGAGAGAAACCAUAUCAGUGCUUACAGUGUGGAAAGAGUUUUUAUACACAGAGUAAUCUCAAAAUACACCAGCGCAUUCACACUGGAGAGAAACCAUAUCAGUGCUUACAGUGUGAGAAGAGUUUUAAUCAACAGGGUCAUCUCAAAAUCCACCAGCGCAUUCACACUGGAGAGAAACCGUAUCAGUGCUCACAGUGUGGAAAUAGUUUUAAUUCAAAGAGUGAGCUUAAAACACACCAGCGCAUUCACAGUGGAGAGAAACCGUAUAAGUGCUCACAAUGUGGGAAGAGUUUUAAUCAACAGGGUAAUCUCAAAACACACCAGCGCAUUCACACUGGAGAAAAACCGUAUCAGUGCUCACAGUGUGGAAAGUGUUUUAAUAGACAGAGUGAUAUCAAAAAACACCAGCGCAUUCACACUGGAGAAAAACAUUAUCUGCAUCCAGAAUCAGAUACUAACAGAGUCUGGACUAGAUUUUAAUCAACAGAGUUUGUGCUGUUAAUACAGUUCAUGUGGUAAAUGUUUGUUUGUUUAACAGUCGUUUGGUAACUGAUGAUGAUUUAUUGUAGCGGUUCGCUAAGUGAAGCGAUUCGUGCACAAGAAGGUAGUGGAGCCUCAUGAAGUUCAUUUCAUGCCUUCGGAUGCAUUGUGGGUAUGUUUAUUUGUUAACAGAUGUUUUAAUUGAUGUUUAUUAAGAGUAUUAGUUGAUUUUGUAUUACAUGCUUGAA